AUGACCACGUCGACGCUGUUCCCUUUGUCUUUUGAGACGCCAACAUUUUUCCCCUUGACCUUCCACAGCCACACACUGUCCUUCUCAGACUGGAUAUCACUGAUCACGCUGGCCCUGGCUCCUCUGAUCGCGCACCUCCUAGCCGGUGCGCCCCAGCCAUCGUAUCUCGUCCGCUCCAGACCUAAAUGGCACGACUACCUGGUCCACUACAAUCCGACGUCCAUUUUCUGGCGCUACGCUGCCAUCGCCGACCGCCGUAUCCGCGCACUCGACUGGAGCAGGCAGGACAUGGCGGCGACCAACGCCCUCUUCUGGACCGCCCACGGCUGGGAUGGAUCACAGGAGAUGGUGGAACUGUCGGUGCUGUACCGUCUCCGCGUGCCCGAGCACUCGCGCGUCAGCUUGUUUUCCCUCGACACGGUCAAGACGGUCGUGCUUGCGCUGCAGGGCCUGCAGACUUUGUACGUGCUCGUGGGCACAUUCUUCGGCGUGCAUGACUUCUCAGCCAAUCUGGCUGCUGACACGACAUUUGGGCCACUCGCUAUUUUGGGCUUCUUGCGUCUUGUUGCCGCGCCCUGGCUUACGAGCGAUUACAUGUUCACGUUUCGCCAUACCUUGCUUCCCGACGAUACUGACGAUGAUCCACUUGACAAAAAGACUUCGUUUGAUAGUCUCCUGGAGGCCAACAAUAACGCUAUCGCCACUCAACAGUCUGGCCGGUUCCGCCUGCCCUCCUUCCUGCCCAGUCGAAUCUUUCGUGUCGGCUACACUAUAGCUCUCCUGGGAGUUUGUGUGAUCGUCAUUCUGUUGAGCAGUCCCAUUUGCUGGUCCGGGUAUCCCUGCAAGAACGGAUUCGUCUACGCAGCGUCGACGCUCCUACAAAUCGCCUUCUACCUCGUUGCUAUAACGACUUCGUUUGUCGUGUGUGUGUAUUACUUCAUACGGGAACGCACCGCUGUCAUGUCGACGGUUAUCCCCUGCAUCUCGGCCACGUGGUAUAAAGUGCAUAGCUUCGCUCUUGCUGUCAUGGCCUGUAUGCUGCUGAUUCUCUCUAUCGCGGAGACGCGAAAGACGCCUUGCGGGAAGUACUCGAAGCUACCCACGGACGUGGGCGACGUCGCAUCUUGCAACCCCUCUGAAAACCUUCAGGUGCGCGGAUUCGAGAAGGUCAGUGACAAGAGGUGUAGAUCCCAAGAAUCACUCGAGAGAGGAGUCUGGGGGUUGAUCUGA